AUGAAAAAGAACCUGAUGGAAAAGGAGCUGGUGCUGACAAAUUUCAACUGGAAGAAAGCCGAAGAGAAAAUUCCUAAGCGCACCUCCACAUGGCUAGACGAGGUUCCCGUUCGGCUGAUUAAUGAACUAGGGCCAAAAAUCACGACAUUUGGAGCAUUCCCACCCGUUUGUUCACUAAUACUCUACUUCUUGUAUGUAUUUUGCAUACAACAACAACAACAACAACAACAACAACAACAACAACAACAACAACAACAACAACAACAACAACAACAACAACAACAACAACAACAACAACAACAACAACAACAACAACAACAACAACAACAACAAACGACGACGACGACAAGCUCAGACAUAUUUGUGGCGUGGCACUCUCCAUGUUGA